AUGGCAAUGUCACCAUUCACUGCUUACGUCUAUUUUCGGGAGGGGCAGAAUGCAGGUCAUAUCGCGCAAGCCUAUAGGCCCUACAUAUAUCACGCAUUGACCGACACGUCAUCCUACCAUGUCGUGGCAAUCGACUAUCGAGGCUUUGGCCACUCGACCGGCGUCCCGAGUGAGGAGGGACUAUUAACGGACGCAUCGACGCUUGUUGAGUGGGCCGUGAAAGUGGCCGGUAUCCCAUCAAGUCGUAUUGUGCUCCUUGGGCACAGCCUUGGCACCGCCGUCGUCAGCGGUGUCGCCGAGAGGUAUGCUCUCAAGGGGGUCGAGUUUGCCGGCAUCGUCCUCGUCGCGGGCUUCGGCGAUCUCGUGUCCAUGCUAACCGGAUACCGCAUCGGCGGAAUCAUCCCUAUUCUGGGACCGUUUGCGUCAUCGUCGACCUUUCUGCGCAUACUCGACAGCCUCGUCACGGACAAGUGGCAUUCAGCGAAUCGGCUUGCCAACCUUGUGCGACACACAAAAAAUAGACUGCGCCUCAACCUUGUUCAUGCCAGAGAUGACCGAGAUAUUCCGUGGACCGAGGACAACAAGCUUUUUCGAGCUGCGACGAAUGAAACAGCGGGUACGGGUACGCUAGAUGACGGCGAAUUUGCCGCAUGGAAAGAGCAGAGAACCGUCCACAAGGGCGCCGGUGCAUUCGUCACGACGUGGCAGUCAGAGCGAGGCCACGAUCCCAUCGUUGCAUCUGCGCCAGUCUCGCUUGCCAUCAUGAGAUCCUUCGAACUUUGA